AUGCUCUUCAAGAGGAAGUUGUGCCUGUUUUCUCUGUUUGGUGGGAUUCUCUUUGUCAUGAUCACCAUUCAGAAGAACAACAUCCUGUCUAUGACUUUGAUGAAGACCCAUGCCACCUCCAGGACUGUUCCAGGGCCCGCUGUUAACCGAACAUGGGCAACACACAGUGCCACGGUGCCCAGUCCGGACAGGAUAUGUGAGUGCCCGUCCUGCAUAGCGGACAUGGAGGUUUCUGCGUGGUUCGCUCAGCACUAUGACCCCCAGCAGCAGCCCUUCCUCACAGACAGAGACAACAACAUGGACCCCCUGGCCCUGAAGUGGUGGCUGGUAAGACCAUUACUAUUGAUGAGAAUACUGUGGCCAUGUAUGUGGCCAAAUACUGUCAGCUUAUUGUUAAAGGUGUAUGAUUAUACAGCAAAAAUUCUGUAUAUUGUAACAAAAAUUACAGAAAGGAAUCUCUGACACUUUCCCAAAUAAUAUGUCUGUACAUUAUUAGUAGUACAUCAGUACAAUGUAACACAUUUCUACUUAGUAAUAAUAAUAAUAAUGUAGUAUUACAUUGUAUUACUAUAUAUGUGACCAACCAGCUCGAUUCGGUCUUUUGUAGCAAAAUUUGAAAUUGUGUUUUUUACAUUGGAUAAAAGUAGAGACUCAUAGCUAGAAAAUAGUAUAUCAUAGGCUAUAACUAGCAAAGCAAAUGGCUCUGAGAUAUGAAUAAUAUUACUACACAGAUCAUACACGUAAGGUUAGCUAGCGAGCCAGCCAGCUAACGUUAGCUAGCUAGCUAACAGUACACUUUAACUUGAAAUGAAAACGACUUUCUGAUAAAAUUAGAAACGUGUAAUAUCUGAAAAUGUAGCUAUCUAAACUAUCUAAUCCGAACUCAUCUCUCGGCAUGUCCAGCCCACUCAUUAUCUCAGCCAAUCAUGGUUAGCGGGAAGGUUGCUGUCUUUUUCUGUGGUUAAAACAACUAGGCUCGUAAUUUAACAAUUGUAUUCGUAUUUACAGAUGGCAUACAAGUUUGUUAUUAAGGCACAUGAAAGUUCACAUGUUCCAGAAGGCAUUUCUGUCAAAAAACGCAUUUUGAUUUUUUAAAAAAGUUUACGUUCAAAUUUGUAUUUGUGUUUAUUAGGGAUCCCCAUUAGCUCCUGUGAAGUAGUGAUGCGUGACAGACACCUAGUUUCCUGAAACGAGUCACUUUUUUUUUUGCGAGUUAAUAUUUGACGGAAGGACCUUUGGCAACAAUUACAGCUGUGAAUCAUUUUCAAUAUGAUUUUACCAACUUUGCACAACUCUUAAGGCAACAUAUAUACAUCGUUUUUGUCAAAAUUGCUCAAGUUCAGUAAAUUUGGUUGGGAAUCAUUGAUGGACAGCAAUAUUUAAACUUUGUUUUUAAGCAGAUUUAAGUCAGGACUCAGACUGCACCAUUCAGGAACACUUGAGUGUUCUUGAAUGGUCCAGUCUCAGUCCUGACUCUUGCAAAGCCAUUCUGGUGUGUAUUUUCAUCAUGUUCUGGGUAUGCUUGUCAUCGGCAUGGACUGGGGAGUUUGUCAGGAUCAAAAGAAAUAUGAAAGGAGCAAAGCCCAGGUAAAAAGUUAGAGGAAAACCUGACUCAGUCUUCUGAAAACCUAACCAUGGGAUACAGUUGUAUUUUUCAGAGUGACAAUUAGACUAAUUGGAAUGCCAAAGACACAGCAGAAUGGCUUUCUAAUAGGUGUUGAGUGUUCCUAAGUGGUCUAGUCUCAGUCCUGGCAUGAAAAUCAGAGACAAAGUUUGAAUAUUGCUGUCAAUAAAUGAUUCCCAACCAAAUGUACUGAGCUUGAGCAAUUUUGACAAAAACAAUGGAAAGUAUUCAUAUCCCUUGACUUAUUCCACAUUGCAGCCUGAAUUAUAAAAAUGGAUACAAUCGAUUUUUUUUCUCACCCAUCUACACACUAUACCCCAUAAUGACAAAGUGAAAACAAGUUUUUAGAACUUGUAGCAAUUUAAAAAAUAAAUAAAUACAGAAAUAUCUAAUUUACAUACAGUGGGGAGAACAAGUAUUUGAUACACUGCCGAUUUUGCAGGUUUUCCUACUUACAAAGCAUGUAGAGGUCUGUAAUUUUUAUCAUAGGUACACUUCCAGAAAAUCACAUUGUAUGAUUUUUAAGUAAUUAAUUUGCAUUUUAUUGCAUGACAUAAGUAUUUGAUACAUCAGAAAAGCAGAACUUAAUAUUUGGUACAGAAACCUUUGUUUGCAAUUACAGAGAUCAUACGUUUCCUGUAGGUCUUGACCAGGUUUGCACACACUGCAGCAGGGAUUUUGGCCCACUCCUUCAUACAGACCUUCUCCAGAUCCUUCAGGUUUCAGGGCUGUCGCUGGGCAAUAUGGACUUUCAGCUCCCUCCAAAGAUGUUCUAUUGGGUUCAGGUCUGGAGACUGGCUAGGCCACUCCAGGACCUUGAGAUGCUUCUUACGGAGCCACUCCUUAGUUGCCCUGGCUGUGUGUUUCGGGUUGUUGUCAUGCUGGAAGACCCAGCCACGACCCAUCUUCAAUGCUCUUACUGAGGGAAGGAGGUUGUUGGCCAAGAUCUCGUGAUACAUGGCCCCAUCCAUCCUCCCCUCAAUACGGUGCAGUCGUCCUGUCCCCUUUGCAGAAAAGCAUCCCCAAAGAAUGAUGUUUCCACCUCCAUGCUUCACGGUUGGGAUGGUGUUCUUGGGGUUGUACUCAUCCUUCUUCUUCCUCCAAACACGGCGAGUGGAGUUUAGACCAAAAAGCUCUAUUUUUGUCUCAUCAGACCACAUGACCUUCUCCCAUUCCUCCUCUGGAUCAUCCAGAUGGUCAUUGGCAAACUUCAGACGGGCCUGGACAUGCGCUGGCUUGAGCAGGGGGACCUUGUGUGCACUGCAGGAUUUUAAUCCAUGAUGGCGUAGUGUGUUACUAAUGGUUUUCUUUGAGACUGUGGUCCCAGCUCUCUUCAGGUCAUUGACCAGGUCCUGCCGUGUAGUUCUGGGCUGAUCCCUCACCUUCCUCAUGAUCAUUGAUGCCCCACGAGGUGAGAUCUUGCAUGGAGCCCCAGACCGAGGGUGAUUGACCGUCAUCUUGAACUUCUUCCAUUUUCUAAUAUUUGCGCCAACAGUUGUUGCCUUCUCACCAAGCUGCUUGCCUAUUGUCCUGUAGCCCAUCCCAGCAUUGUGCAGGUCUACAAUUUUAUCCCUGAUGUCCUUACACAGCUCUCUGAUCUUGGCCAUUGUGGAGAGGUUGGAGUCUGUUUGAUUGAGUGUGUGGACAGGUGUCUUUUAUACAGGUAACGAGUUCAAACAGGUGCAGUAAUGAGUGGAGAACAGGAGGGCUUCUUAAAGAAAAACUAACAGGUCUGUGAGAGCCGGAAUUCUUACUGGUUGGUAGGUGAUCAAAUACUUAUGUCAUGCAAUAAAAUGCAAAUUAAUUACUUAAAAAUCAUACAAUGUGAUAUUCUGGAUUUUUGUUUUAGAUUCCGUCUCUCACAGUUGAAGUGUACCUAUGAUAACAAUUACAGACCUCUACAUGCUUUGUAAGUAGGAAAACCUGCAAAAUCGUCAGUGUAUCAAAUACUUGUUCUCCCCACUGUAAGUAUUCAAGGGGAGUCAAUCCAUGUUAGAAUCAACCUUGGCUGUGAUUACAGCUGUGAGUCUUCCUGGGUAAGUCUAAGAGCUUUGCACACCUGGACUGUACAAUAUUUGCACAUUAUUCGUUUAAAAAUUCUUCAAGCUCUGUCAAGUUGGUUGUUGAUCAUUACUAAACAGCCAUUUUUAAGUCUUUCCAUAGAUUUUCAAGCUGAUUUACAUUACCAGUCAAAACUUUGGACACACCUACUCAUUCAAGGUGUUUUUUUUUAUUUUUUAAACUAUUUUCUACAUUGUAGAAUAAUAGUGAAGACAUCAAAACUACUAAAUAACACAUAUGGAAUAAUGUAGUAACACAAAAAGUGUUAAACAAAUCAAAAUAUAUUUUAUAUUUGAAAUUAUUCAAAUAGCCACCCUUUGCCUUGAUGACAGCUUUGCACACGCUUGGCAUUCUCUCAACCAGCUUCACCUGGAAUGCUUUUCUAACAGUCUUGAAGGAGUUCCCACAUAUGCUGAGCACUUGUUGGCUGCUUUUCCUUCACCCUGCCGUCCGACUCAUCCCAAACCAUCUCAAUUGGGUUGAGGUCGGGGGAUUGUGGAGGCCAAGUCAUCUGAUGCAGCACUCCAUCACUCUCCUUCUUGUUAAAAUAGCCCUUACACAGCCUAGAGGCCUGAAGAAUGUAAGAAUGCUGUUCAUUGACUAUAGCUCAGCAUUCAACACCAUAGUACCCUCCAAGCUCAUCAUUAAGCUCGAGGCCCUGGGUCUGAACCCCGCCCUGUGCAACUGGGUCCUGGACUUCCUGAUGGGCCGCCCCCAGGUGGUGAAGGUAGGAAACAACAUCUCCACUUCGCUGAUCCUCAACACUGGGGCCCCACAAGGGUGCGUGCUUAGCCCCCUCCUGUACUCCCUGUUCAUCCAUGACUGCGUGGCCAAGCACGCCUCCAACUCAAUCACCAAGUUUGCAGACGACACAACAGUAGUAGGCUUGAUUACCAACAAUGACGAGACCGCCUACAGGGAGGAGGUGAGGGCUCUGGGAGUGUGGUGCCAGGAAAAUAACCUCUCACUCAACAUUAACAAAACAAAGGAGAUGAUCGUGGACUUCAGGAAACAGCAGAGGGUGCACCCCCCUAUCCUCAUCGAAUGGACCGCAGUGGAGAAGGUGGAAAGCUUCAAGUUCCUUGACGUACACAUCACCGACAAACUGAAAUUGUCCACCCACGCAGACAGUGAAGAAGGCGCAACAGAGCCUCUUCAACCUCAGGAGGCUGAAGAAAUUUGGCUUAGCACCUAAAACCCUCACAAACCUUUACAGAUGCACAAUUGAGAGCAUCCUGUCGGGCUGUAUCACCGCCUGGUACGGCAACUGCACCGCCCGCAACCGCAGGGCUCUCCAGAGGGUGGUGCGGUCUGCGGAACGCAUUACCGGGGGCAAACUACCCGCCCUCCAAGACACAUACAGCACCCGAUGUCACAGGAAGGCCAAAAAGAUCAUCAAGGACAUCAACCACCCAAGCCACUGCCUGUUCACCGCGCUAUCACCGCGCUAUCAUCCAGAAGAUGAUACACAUUAGAGGCUGCUGCUCCCUAUUGAAAUCACUGGCCACUUUAAGAAAUGGAACACUAGUCACUUUAAUAAUGUUUACAUAUCUUGCACUACUCAUCUCAUAUGUAUAUACUGCAUUAUAUUCUAUAAUAUUCUACUGUAUCUUAGUCCAUGCCGCUCUGUCAUUGCUUGUCCAUAUAUGUAUAUAUUCUUAAAUCCCAUUCCUUACUAGUUUUGUGUGUAUUAGGUAUAUGUUGUGAAAUUGUUUGAUACUACUUGUUAGAUAUUACUGCACUGUCGGAGCUAGAAGCACAAGCAUUUCGCUACACCUGCUAUAACAUCUGCUAAACACGUGUAUGUGACAAAUAAAAUAAAAUUUGAUUUGAUUUGAUUUGGUCAUUGUCCUGUUGAAAAACAAAUGAUAGUCCCACUAAGCCCAAACCAGAUGGGAUGGCGUAUCGCUGCAGAAUGCUGUGGUAGCCAUGCUGGUUAAGUGUGCCUUGAAUUCUAAAUAAAUCACAGACAGUGUCAACAGCAAGCACCCCCACACCAUAACACCUCCUCCUCCAUGCUUUACGGUGGGAAAUACACAUGCAGAGAUCAUCCGUACACCCACACCACGUCUCACAAAGCCACGGCGGUUGGAACCAAAAAUCUCCAGUUUGGACUCCAGACCAAAGGACACAUUUCCACCGGUCUAAUGUCUAUUGCUCGUGUUUCUUGGCCCAAGCAAGUCUCUUCUUCUUAUGGGUGUCCUAGUAGUGGUUUCUUUGCAGCAAUUCAACCAUGAAGGCCUGAUUCACACAGUACCCUCUGAACAGUUGAUGUUGAGAUGUGUCUGUGACUUGAACUCUGUGAAGCAUUUACUUCCUAGGCUGGUAACUCUAAUGAACGUAUCCUCUGCAGCAGAGUUAACUCUGGGUCUUCCAUUCCUGUGGCGGUCCUCAUGAGAGCCAGUUUUAUCAUAGCGCUUGAUGGUUUUUGUGACUGCACUUGAAGAAACCUUCAAAGUUCUUGACAUUUUCCGUAUUGACUGACCUUCAUGUCUUAAAGUAAUGAUGGACUUUUGUUUCUCUUUGCUUAUUUGAGCUGUUCUUGCCAUAAUAUGGACUUGGUCUUUUACCAAAUAGGGCUAUCUUCUGUAUACCCCCCCUCUACCUUGUCACAACACAACUGAUUGGCUCAAACACAUUAAGAAGGAAAUAAAUUCCACAAAUUAACUUUUAAGAAGGCAUACCUGUUAAUUGAAAUGCGUUCCAGGUGACUACCUCAUGAAGCUGGUUGAGAGAAUGCCAAGAGUGUGCAAAGCUGUCAUCAAGGCAAAGGGUGGCUAUUUGAAGAAACCUAAAUAUAAAAUAUAUUUUGAUUGAUUUAACACUUUUUUGGUUACUACAUUAUUCCAUGUGUUAUUUCAUAGUUCUGAUAUCUUCACUAUUAUUCUACAAUGUAGAAAAUAGUAAAAAUAAAGAAAAACCCUUGAAUGAGUAGGUGUGUCCAAACCUUUGACUGGUACUGUAUGUCAAACCUGUAACUAUGCCACUCAGGAACAUUCAAUGUCUUCUUGAUAAGCAACUCCAGUGUAUAAUUGUGUUUUGGGUUAUUGUCCUGCUGAAAGGUGAAUUUGUCUCCAAGUGUCUGUUGGAAAGCAGACUGAACCAGGUUUCCUCUAGGAUUUUGACUGUGCUUAGCUAUAUUAUGUUCACUCUGUCAUUUAGGUUAGUAUUUUGGAGUAACUACAAUGUUGUUGAUCCAUCCUCCGUUUUCUCCUAUCACAUCCAUUAAACUCUGUAACUGUUUUAAUGUCACCAUUGGCCUCAUGGUGAAAUCCCUGAGCGGUUUCCUUCCUCUCCGGCAACUCAGUUAGGAAGGACGCCUGUGUCUUUGUAGUGACUGGGUGUAUUGAUACACUAUCCAAAGUGUAAUUAAUAACUUCACCAUGCUUAAAGGGAUAUUCUGCUUCUUCUUUUUUUUUACCCAUCUACCAAUAGGUGCUCUUCUUUGCGAAGUAUUGGAAAACCUCCCUGGUCUUUGUGGUUGAUUCUGUGUUUGAAAUUCACUGCUCGACUGAGAGACCUUACAGAUAAUUGUAUGUGUGGGGUACAGAUAUGAGGUAGUCAUUCAAAAAUCAUGUUAAACACUAUUAUUGCACACAGAGUGAGUCCAUGCCACUUCGUAUGUGACUUGUUAAGCACAUUUUUACUCCUGAACUUAUUUAGGCUUGCCAUGACAAAGGGGUUGAAUUUUUAUUGGCUCAAGACAUUUUAGCUUUUCAUUUGUAUUAUUCCACUUUGACAUUAUGGGUUAUUGUCUGUAAACCAGUGACACAACAUCUCAAUUUAAUCCAUUUUAAAUUCAGGCUGUAACACAACAAAAUGUGGAAAAAGUAUAUACUUUCUGCCCUAAGAGUUGUGCGAAGUUGGUAGAAUCUUAUUUCAAAUUAUUCACAGCGGUAAUAGCUGAAAAUAGUGCUUCCACUAAGUAUUAACUCUGGGAUGUGAAGACAUCCACAAUCAAGACAUAUUAGUUUUUAGAUUUUGUAUUCAUUUAAAACAUGUUCAAUAACUUUAAUUCACUUUGAAAAUGUGGAGUAGGUUGUGUAGGAAAAAAUAUCAAAUGUAAAUUAUGAAGACUAUGCAAGGGGUGAGUAGACUUUCACUAGGCACUGUAUAUGGAUGUGUAAUGUGUGUAUUCCCAGAUAUACUCGCCAGUCAUCAUUUUAUUCCUAUGAGGGAUUUAGGGCUCUAUUCAAUCUUUAUCGCUGAAGCGUUAGAAAUUUAAAGGCAAUUUCCAAUUGAGCCGACAUAUGCAGCGUUUACCGUGAAUGCAGUCUUCGCUAAUGCUGAACAUUGCCUUUAAAUGUCAAUCACGCUGUAAUGCUGAACUUCCGUGAUAUGGAUUGAAUAGAGCCCUUAGUAGUCCUACUCUCUUGUCUCUCAUGCAUGCUGCAAAUAUCAAAGUUUGAAGUCAAAAAAUAAUUGUGGCAAAUGGAGAAUAUCUCAAAAAGACAGCUUCUGUGGUGCACAGCAAAAACUAAACGUGCUCUGUUUCUACCAUCAUUUCCUGGCCAAAUGUCAUUAAAACCUACUGCGGUGGAUUUCUUGCACUGUAAUCGUCAGGGUGAUUACUUUCCAAAAUAAACUCCCUGAAGGAGAAUUCUGCCUCAGUUAGCCUUUCUCCAGUCUGAGCCUUUGUUUCAAUACGUUUUAAUUUAACGUAAUUAGAGGCUUUUGAGGUUUCGCAAGCAACACUGUAAGUGGGCUAAGAUAAGCUUGGCAGUGUGGCACUUAAAUGCAGUGGUCAGGACACACACACACACACCGACUGUUAAUAAGAUUACCACAAAGAGGCUGGCUGGUAAUGAAGGGGCACAUUUAACACAUGGCCUCCCUCUGGAGCUGCCAACAUUAGAAUCUAUUUAGGCUGGUGAUUCCCUGAGUACUGAAUAUUAAAAGGACCCUUGUAUAUUGCCCUGUUUUUGUUUGUUGGUAGUCAAAGGUGAGCGCAGGCAUUAUUCCUGUGAGAUAUUGUUGUUCCACAUCUAAAGUGAGUUUUUAACAUUCCCGUCAGGCUUUGCAGCAGUCCACCGAUGAGCGUACGAUAUACGAGGUGAUCCAGAAGAUGUUCCAGGUCAUCACUCCCCCUGCCAUGGAUGUACAACCCAAACAAGCUCAAUGCAGGAAGUGUGCAGUGGUGGGGAACUCAGGAAACCUGCUGGGCUCUCAAUAUGGCUCCUUGAUAGACUCCCAUAACAGUGUCAUAAGGUAUGUCCCAGAGAAAACAUGGCCCAACGCAGACAACACAAACAAUCAAACAGUCAAAACAACCAUUAACAGACAUAACAACGGCAGUACAUAGUCCAAACAACCAUGAUUAUCACCAACAUAGUCUAAAAAGCGAGAGCAGGCAUUACACAACCCCAUCGCUGCCAUGAUCCAAACAACCUACAGCCAUUCACAUUGGCAGGAUUAGGCAAUAGUGAGCUUGAUGAACCGCAGUGACCAGGCUUCAGUUCCAGACACGCAUCAAACCACCUGACCCAAUUACCUCAUCCCCUGAAACCAGUGAGGUAUGCCAAAUGAGCUCAAUCAAGACCAUAAUUAGUUAACUAUUGGUUAAGUCAGGUGGUUGACUGACUGUCUGGAAUGAAUGCACACAUACACUACCGGUCAAACGUUUUAGAACACCUAUUCAUUCAAGGGUUUUUCUUCAUUUUUACUAUUUUCUACAUUGUAGAAUAAUAGUGAAGACAUCAAAACUAUGAAAUAACACACAUGGAAUCAUGUAGUAACCAAAAAAGUGUUAAUCAAAUCAAAAUAUAUUUUAUAUUUGAGAUUCUUCAAAUAGCCACCCUUUGCUUUGAUGACAGCUUUGCACACCAUUGGCAUUCUCUCAACCAGCUUCAUGAGGUAGUCACCUGGAAUGCAUUUCAAUUAACAGGUGUGCCUUCUUAAAAGUUAAUUUGUGUGUAUACAGAAGAUGGUAUUUUACCAAAUAGGGCUAAGUCCAUAUUAUGGCAAGAACAGCUUAAAUAAGCAAAGAGAAAUGACAGUCCAUCAUUACUUUAAGACAUGAAGGUCAGUCAAUUUGGUGCAUUUCAAGAACUUUGAAAGUUUCUUCAAGUGCAGACGCAAAAAACAUCAAGCGCUAUGAUGAAACUGGCUCUCAUGAGCACCGCCACAGGAAUGGAAGAGGAUAAGUUCAUUAGAGUUACCAGCCUCAGAAAUUGCAGCCCAAAUAAAUGCUUCACAGAGUUCAAGUAACAGACACAUCUCAACAUCAAUUGUUCAGAGGAGACUGUGUGAAUCAGGCCUUCAUGGUCGAAUUGCUACAAAGAAACCACUACUAAAGGAAACCAAUAAGAAGAAGAGACUUGCUUGGGCCAAGAAACAUGAGCAAUGGACAUUAGACCGGUGGAAAUUAGUGCUUUGGUCUGGAGUCCAAAUUUGUGAGACGCGGUGUGGGUGAACGGAUGAUCGCCGCAUUUGUAUUUCCCAACAUAAAGCAUGGAGGAGGAGGUGUUAUGGUGUGUGGGUACUUUGCUGGUGACACUGUCUGUGAUUUAUUUAGAAUUCAAGGCACACUUAACCAACAUGGCUACCACAGCAUUCUGCAGCGAUACGCCAUCCCAUCUGGUUUGGCUUAGUGGGACUAUCAUUUGUUUUUCAACAGGACAAUGACCCAACACACCUCCAGGCUGUGUAAGGGCUAUUUGACCAAGAAGGAGAGUGAUGGAGUGAUGCAUCAGAUGACCUGGCCUCCACAAUCCCCCGACCUCAACCAAAUUGAGAUGGUUUGGGAUGAGUCGGACCGCAAAGUGAAGGAAAAGCAGCCAACAAGUGCUCAGCAUAUGUGGGAACUCCUUCAAGACUAUUGGAAAAGCAUUCCAGGUGAAGCUGGUUGAGAGAAUGCCAAGAGUGUUCAAGGCAAUCAUCAAGGCAAAGGGUGGCUAUUUGAAGAAUCUCAAAUAUAAAAUAUAUUUGGAUUUGUUUAACACUUUUUUGGUUACUACAUUAUUCCAUAUGUGUUAUUUGAUAGUUUUGAUGUCUUCACCAUUAUUCUACAAUGUAGAAAAUAGUAACACCCUGGAAUGAGUAGGUGUGUCCAAACUUUUGACCGGUAGUGUAGACUACAGCCCAGUAGCUGCAGGGUUACCAUGUUAAAUCUAAUACAGUGUCUGAUUGUUAACUCACACGCCAUACAUGACAUGCCUGUGAACUGAAGCAAUGUUCUCGCUUUGCUGUCAAGGAUGAAUAAAGCCACCACAGCAGGGUUUGAGGUGGAUGUGGGCAACAGAACGACACACCACUUCAUGUACCCUGAGAGUGCAGUGGACAUCGCCCCUGGGGUCCACCUCGUCCUGCUUCCCUUUAAACUCCGCGAUCUACAGUGGGUGGCCAGCGCCCUGUCAACGGGAGAGAUCAAAACGUAGGUCCACUCUAUGCCAAUUCCAAGCUUUUUACUGUCACUCCACAACAUGCAGUAGCUGCAUUUGUGCACUCAACUGACUAUUGCAUGGUAUGCAUCUGACUGACUAAAACAGAUGGCAUAGUUAAUUGUUGACCUUGACCUUGUCCUAGGGCUCUAUUCAAUCAGACCCGCUUAAGCCAACAUUUACAUAGCAGUUGUUUUGCCGGUGUCUGAGGUGGAACUGCUUUAGAGCUAUCAAAUCCACAAAGCGGACAUUGCCUUUGGCUGCACGGAUUCGCAUUAAGAGAAAUCCCAUGCAGUCUUGUUGACAAGUUCGAACACUGGAAUGUGAGCUGUAAUCGACACCUCAACUAGGCUGAUAUGAAUCCUCAUAAUUUAGUUGAAUGUCAUUAUUUCUAUAUAGUCUACACUACCUCAUUCUGAACUUCUAACGUGAGUGGGACAGGUGUGGCUUCGUGACAAUGAUCAAGACCAGCUGCUCACCAAUUUGACAGCUCCAACGCAGUCACACCUCCGACACCACCAAAACAUCAGCUAAAGUAUGCGGGUGUAGGCUAUCACCGGUUAACACUUGAUCUGAUUGAAUCUAGGCCCUAGUCUGUUUUUUAAUGUGACAGUUGUCUUUUCUGUGUACAUUUUUACUGUUCCGUUUCUAUCGUGACAAAUGUUUGUCAUUGUAGAUGAGAACUGGUUCUCAACUCACCUACCUGGUUUAAUAAAGGUAAAAUAAAAUAAAACAAUUGUAUUGUUGUUUUUCUUUCAUGUUUCUUCAGAACAUACAUGAGGGUGAAAGAUCGAGUACAGGCUGACAAGGACAAGGUAGGUCUUGACAUUUAGUUGAGGACAAAAAUACAGGUUGCAAAGUAGUUGGGAAGAGAUUUUUGAUGAUUUAUGAACUGAUACACAAAACAACACUUGAUUCAAAACUUAGAGUUUUUCAAUUUAAAUUAUUAUACAAAAUUCUUGCACAAACAGAAUGUUAUGUAUAUGAGGCAUACAACCAUCUCAGCUCUGCAUAUGUUGCUUGCUAUGAAGAGACAGAAUCAUUAGAUCACUUAUUUUGGUAUUGCCCCUAUGUAGCUUGUUUCUGGUCACAGGUUCAGGAAUGGCUGAAAAAUUAACCCUACAAAUAGCACUGUUGGGAAAUUUGGAAAACCUUAGUCAAUCAAUCAACAAUAUAAUAAUACUUUUGGUAAAAAUAUUUACAGUACCAGUCAAAAGUUUGGACACACCUACUCAUUCAAGGGUUUUUCUUUAUUUUUACUAUUUUCUACAUUGAUGAAGACAUCAAAACUAUGAAAUAACACACAUGGAAUCAUGUAGUAAGCAAAAAAGUGUUAAACAAAUCAAAAUAUAUUUUAUGUUUUAGAUUCUUCAAAGUAGCCACCCUUUGCCUUGAUGAUAGCUUUGCACACUCUUGGCAUUCUCGCAACCAGCUUCACCUGGAAUGCUUUUCCAACAGUCUUGAAGGAGUUCCCACAUAUGCUGAGCACUUGUUGGCUGCUUUUCCUUCACUCUGCGGUCCAACUCCUCCCAAACCAUCUCAAUUGGGUUGAGGUCGGGUGAUUGUGGAGGCCAGGUCAUCUGAUGCAGCCCUCCAUCACUCUCCUUCUUGGUCAAAUAGCCCUUACACAGCCUGGAGGUGUGUUGGGUCAUUAUCCUGUUGAAAAACAAAUGAUAUCCCAUCUGGUUUGCGCUUAGUGGGACUGGCGUAUCGCCACAGAAUGCUGUGGUAGCCAUGCUGGUUAAGUGUGCCUUGAAUUCUAAAUAAAUCACAGACAGUGUCACCAGCAAAGCACCCACCCACCUCCUCCUCCAUGCUUCACGGUGGGAACCACACAUACGUUCACCUACUCUGCGUCUCACAAAGACAUGGCGAUUGGAACCAAAAAUCUCAAAUUAGGACUCAUCAGACCAAAGGACAGAUUUCCACCGGUCUAAUGUCCAUUGCUCGUGUUUCUUGGCCCAAGCAAGUCUCUUCUUCUUAUUGGUGUCCUCUGAACAGUUGAUGUUGAGAUGUGUCUGUUACUUGAACUCUGUGAAGCAUUUAUUUGGGCUGCAAUUUCUGAGGCUGGUAACUCUAAUGAACGUAUCCUCUGCAGCAGAGGUAACUGUACAUGUAACAUAAAAAAAUCUGUAAAAAGCUGUAAUUUUAUUUAUUGUCAUGUUGGAUGAAAACAUUUAAUUAUUAACACUUUAUGUGUGUUGCAUUACAGCUAAUCACCCUCUCGUUUGCAGGUAAUAGUAGUAAAUCCAGCAUUCUUUAAGUACACCCACGACCGGUGGACAGAGCACCAUGGCAGAUACCCAUCCACAGGCAUGCUGGCCAUCAUAUUUGCCCUGCACAUCUGCGAUGAAGUGAGUAUCCUUUGACAUCAAGAGCCUAAUCUUUAGAAUGAGAAGCCUGGUUGAAAGUAAACAGAAUACUAAUAACACUAGUAAUGCUAACGCUAAACAUUGCUGUCCUUCUCCAGGUGUCUGUAUUUGGCUAUGGAGCUGACCAACAUGGGAACUGGCACCACUACUGGGAGGAAAACAAGUAUGGUGGCGCGUUUAGGAAAACCGGGGUCCACCAUGCCGAUUUUGAGACGGAGGUUAUCCAAAAGCUCGACACGGUGGGCAAAAUUAAGCUGCACAGGAGAUGA